AUGCCCCCUGUCGAACAGAUCACCCUCUACACCUCCACGUACUCUCCAUUCUCCCAGAGGGUGCAUAUUGCCCUCGAAGAGGCGAAAGCCAAAUACAACGUAUGGGAGUUCGAAACCAAAGGUCCCGGCAGCAAGCCGGAGUGGUACUACCAGAUCAACACGUUGGCCAAGAUCCCCGCAAUCACUGUUGGGGGACCCGAAGUACCACCCGACCAACCCUCGCCUGAGUCCGCAAAACUCGCAGAGUCGAUGGUGAUCCUCGAGUUUCUCGCCGAACUCUUCCCCGACGCGCCCCUCCUGCCCGCGGACCCCUUUCUCCGCGCCAAGGCCCGCACGUUCGUCGAGAUCUACCGUAAUUAUGUCUCGAGCGAGUAUCUCGGCGCGUUCUUCCUCGGGAAGCCUAUCGAGGGCGUCCUGAAGGCGCUUGAAACGCUGCAGGCCGCGCUCCCGCCAGACGGCGGUUUCGCCGCAGGCGAGUGGUCGAUCGCAGAAGCCGCGGUGGCGCCAUUCAUCGCCCGCCUCUUCCUCUUUCUUCGCGUCGGGCUUGGGUCGUACACCGAGGAGCAGGGACAGACGCUGCGGGACACGCUGGCGAGCCCGAGGUUCGCUCGGCUCACGCAGUGGGUGAAAGACGUACACGAGCCGCCCAGCUUCCAGAAGACGUGGGUUAGCGAUGACCGCCAAGUGGAACUGUGGAAGAAUCAUCCCGGCUUCCGUCGCAAGGUUGUUGAGCCCACUCAGCCGCACGCGUGAAGGACGACGCGCCGAUCUUGCGCGACUAGAAAUGUACUUCGAUCCAUACCCCACUUGAACAGUUUACCGUUUGCGCGCAAGCUCGGAUACCCGUCAGAGUGACCAUAUGUAUCUGCAUGCCUGGCACAACCACUUCGUUGCGGAUCUUCCAUUAUGAAGUAGUGUAUUUAUCCAUGCUUCACAUGAGCUCGUAUCAUGAUCAUGAUGUUCAAUU